AGAAAUAGGUUGUGUCCUGAGUAAAUGUGCUUAGUUACUUUAAACCACUAAUAUGCAAAAGACAGACCUUAAUGAAUAAGUGGAGCAUGCAAGAAACAAGAUGAGAGAUGCAGGACUGUCCAAUCUCUCCAGCCCGACCUUCAGUGUGUUACAAUGGACCACAUCUGUCAUUCUGACACCAUUAACUCUGCUCACAUGAUUUUAUAGCUGCAGCCGCCUCUAUAAGGUCACCAGUGAUGGUACAUUUCGAGCUCAAAAGGCCAAGUUGCAAAGGUUAAUUCACCCCCUGGAUGAAGAGGAGUGUGUGAGGGUGAGGGAGGGAGGGAGGGAGGGAGCAGGGAUAGAGUUUCUCCCCGGUAAGAGAUCUCUUUAGAUUCGGUUUCCCUUCCUCUGUGACGCACACAUGCAACAUUUUAACAAGAGAAAUAACUUUCCCUAUCCUCUCGAUUAUGAUUCAUUUUUCCAAACUAUAGAAUAAACUCAUGGUGAUCGCCGAGUGUGCUUCGCGGUCGCUGCCCGGCGUCGUGUUACCUUCCUCGGGGCGCCAUGGGCUCGUAAGAUGCCUUCGCUGUGGAAACGGAUCACGUUCUCGGUGGCCUCGGUGCUCUGUGUCGGCUCGGUGGUCCUCCUGGUCGUGGCCCUGUCCACAGAGCGGUGGGUCACCGGACGGAUCCUGUGCAAAACCGGGGCGGAGAUAGUGAACGCGUCCCACCCGGAGCUGGACCAGUUCAUCGGGGACAUUUACUACGGUUUGUUCCGGGGAGGAAAGGCCAAGAAGUGCGGGCUCGGCAAGAGGCGCUCCAAAAUAUACAUUUUCCCAAAGCUUGUGCGGACGUUGAACGGUGGCCUUCACAUGAUGGUGAUCCUCUUCCUGCUGGUGGCUGUGGGCUUUGCGUUGGUCAGUCUGUCUUUCUGCAUUUACAACGCACGCAAGGUUCCCUACCAGAGCAUCAAAGGGCACAAAGGACUCUACCUGUGGAACUUUAUUGCUGCUCUUUUCGGCGCCCUGGGCAUGCUGUGUUUCCUGGCAGCCGUGAGGCACCACAGUCUGACCGAGCGGGUGGCUAAUUAUCGGGAGGACCUCUUUGUGCUGGUUGUCCUGGAUGACAGCCUGGACUUGUCUUUCUGGCUGGGUGUUGGCAGUGUUGCCACUCACUUCGCUGUCUGUGGAGUGGUUGCCAUGAGCCGGAUCAAACUGCCCAAACCGGAGAUCAAGAAACCCGAAGAACCCACCAUUUCCUCUCUAGACCUGCUCUACUGAACGACCAACCAGGGAGCGCUGUUGUCAGCAUUUACAUCACUGACGGUUGACUAGAGAAAACCACAAUGACUGACAGCAGAGUGAAACCAACACUGUGCCAGUGUCCCUUUCCUUUACGUGACUUUUAGGCUCAUUACAGCCUCAAUUUACUUGGACCUCGAGAUUAGCUAAUUAAGAAAGUGGUGUAUUCUCCCAAACAAAUGUUCAAUGAAAUUAGCACAAACUAUAUUAAACCUCAAGCUUUUGUGGCCCCCUGCAAUUCUGGGGCCCCAGGGCAGUUACUUGGUAAUUCAGCCUUCGUCAUUUAAAAGUAUUAAAUUAGCUUUGACCGGUGUAGAUUUAUAGAAACACUGUUAUAGUUUUUAUUUUUACAGUCUCUGAGUAAAUGACGGCCCAUUGAUCAUUCAAGUCAAAUGUAUUUUUUCUAUAGCUCAAAAUCACAAAUUUGCCCUCUAUCCUUCGCCCCUCCAUUCAGAUGAGGGACAAUAACUUCAACUGGAAAGAAGGAACAAAUCUCAGGAAGAACCACAGACGAGGGAUCCCUCUAUCAGGACAGACAGACAUGCAGUAGAUGUUGAACAGUGAACAGAGUAGACAAAAGAAGCACUGGUAAACUUGCAAAAUGGAGAAACAGAACGACAAUAUUACGUAAAUAAAGUACAAAAAUGUUUGGAGUGAAGACUGUGCAUCAGAGAAGACGACAAGAAACCUCCAGGUGCCACCAAGCACUGAUUGGACCUGGACUCUUUAACACAAAGCAGUGAUGGUUCCGCUGUUCGAACAGAGACAGACUGUGGACGAAUCAGACUCCCAAUCUACUACACUGCAGACGACGUAAAAUCACCAGAUCCGACUCAUACUCAAGUCACUCACUUGCAGCUUUAGACGCUGACUUUGAAAACAGAAGGGUCGCAGAAAAGGUUGAGACACAAACAGCAGCUCUUCAGGCUUUUUAUGAGCGCAAAGAGGCCUGCAUCCCAAACUUGUCCGUUGCAUUCUGCACAUCAUGUGUUGUAUAUAUUCUGUCUAUAGCUGCAAUAUGUAAAUACAUCAUUGUUCUUUUCGUUAUAUGUACAGAACGUCAAUAACGGAUCUGUUUUUCAGUCUUUGGUUGAGGGUGUAAAUCAAGUCUCUUUAUGAAGUCAGUUUUUUUUUUACACAGUAAUUAUCUUUGAUCCCUGAUGGAAAGUGUGCAACUAUGCACGAACAAUGAUUUAUUAUAUGAUCUUCCAUAAACAGAAAGAGACUAAAUAAUUAUCCUAUGGUCAUUAAAAGCUGUUACUAAGGUCAAAAUAAGAACUAUUUUGUACGUGUUGAAAAAAGUCACUUUGGCCAUCAUUAAAGGACUUUCAUGACGUGUUAGAUUGGUUAUAAUCUCGUGCUGAGUUGGCCGCAUGACUUCAGAAGGACGUGAAAGCUUUUCCCUCUUGUCAUUGUUUUUGUUUAAGAUGCCUCCUGUCAGAGAGGGAAACUAACAAACUUACAAACAAUAUUUACAGAAGACAUCAAUUAAACAAUUAGUUGGA